AUGGGGGUUCACGUCGCUGCCACAGCUGUGGUUUUUAAGAUGAAGCUUGGCCAUGCAGCCUGCUCUGGGUGCCAGUGCCUCCGGGAGCAGCUACGGGAAUAUUUUAUUGAUCAGCUGAGGUCAGAAGGAGUUGUUCACCUCCCUCGACGUGUUACCAAUGAAAUCACAAAUAAUAUUCGCUAUGAAGUUUACACACAAGGUGGAGUCCUCUUUGCAACAAGUCGGAUCCUUGUGGUUGAUUUCCUCACUGACAGAAUUCCUGCAGACCUCAUUACUGGCAUUUUGGUGUACAAAGCACACAGAAUCAUUGAAUCCUGUCAGGAAGCAUUUAUCUUGCGACUCUAUCGCCAGAAAAACAAGCAAGGCUUCAUUAAAGCCUUUACAGAUAAUGCAGUUGCAUUUAAUACUGGCUUUUGCCAUGUGUAAAGAGGGAUGAGGAGAAAUCUUUUUGUCAAGAAACUUUAUCUGUGGCCGAGAUUUCAUAUAGCUGUUAACUCAUUUUUAGAGAAGCAUAAACCUGAAGUGGUAGAGAUACAUGUCUCGAUGACUCCUAGUAUGCUUGCCAUCCAGACUUCUAUACUGGAUAUUUUGAAUGCAUGUCUGAGAGAACUCAAACGUUAUAAUCCAGCUCUGGAAGUAGAAGAUCUAUCUUUAGAAAAUGCUAUUGGUAAACCUUUUGAUAAGACAAUACGGCACUAUUUAGAUCCUCUCUGGCAUCAGCUUGGAGCUAAGACCAAAUCCUUAGUCCAGGAUUUGAAGGUACUCCGUACUUUGCUGCAGUAUCUAACUCAGUAUGAUUGUGUCACUUUCCUUAAUCUUUUGGAGUCACUGAAAGCAAGCGAAAAAGCCUUUGGUGAAAAUUCAGGGUGGCUGUUUCUUGAUUCCAGUACUUCCAUGUUUGUAAAUGCUCGAGCCAGAGUUUAUCGCACUGCAGAUGACAGCCUGAAUAAAAAAAGAAAAGUUUCUGAAAACAAUGAUGUGAAGAAAGAAAAUGAACUGAAAAGGGAAUUGGUUCUGGAAGGUAACCCGAAAUGGGAAGCUUUACAGGAAGUAUUGAAAGAAAUUGAAAAUGAGAAUAAGAACAGUGAAGAUCUUGGUGGUCCAGGACAAGUGCUUAUUUGUGCCAGUGAUGACCGAGCUUGUGCACAGCUCAAGGAAUAUAUUACUGUUGGAGCAGAAGCUUUUUUAAUGAGGCUGUAUAAGAAAACCUUUGGAAAAGAUGAGAAGGCUGCUGAAGUGUGGAAUAAGGAUAGAAAAUCUGCCAAGGCCAAAGGAAGUGCCAGAGCAGACACAGGACCUCAAGCCAAAAAAGCCAAACUCAAGGCUUCUUCAAAAGAAAAUAAAAACAAGAAGCAACAAGACUGGACUUUAACCCAAAUGAUAGGGAAAACUGAGGAGGAAAAUGGAGAGGAGUUGGAGGUGGAAGUACACCAAGAAUUAAGCAAUAACCAAGAAAGCAAUACUGAGGAGACUAUUACUGAAGAUUUCCAUAUUAAUCUACCCUCAGAUUCUUACUACGGUAUCUUCAAAACACCUCUCACUAUUAUUCAUCCCUUGCAGGGUUGCAGUGAUCCCUAUGCACUCACUCGGGUACUGCAAGAAGUGGAACCCAGAUAUGUUGUAUUAUAUGACGCAGAACUAAGUUUUGUUCGGCAGCUGGAGAUCUACAAGGCAAGCAGGCCUGGAAAGCCCUUGAGGGUUUAUUUCCUCAUUUAUGGGGGUUCAACAGAAGAACAGCGCUAUCUCACAGCUCUGAGAAAGGAAAAGGAGGCUUUUGAGAAACUCAUUCGAGAGAAGGCCAGCAUGGUGAUCCCUGAAGAGAGGGAAGGAAGAGAUGAAACAAACUUGGACCUAGUAAGAGAUGCCACUCCUGCAUCCUUUUCCACUGACACACGCAAAGCAGGUGGACAAGAACAGAAGAGUGUUCAGCAAACUAUAAUAGUGGAUAUGCGGGAAUUUCGUAGUGAGCUUCCCUCACUACUUCAUCGUCGUGGCAUUGACAUUGAGCCAGUUACUUUGGAAGUUGGAGAUUACAUUUUAACUCCUGAUAUUUGUGUAGAGCGGAAAAGUAUCAGUGAUCUUAUUGGUUCCCUAAAUAAUGGAAGACUGUACACACAGUGCAUUUCUAUGUCCCGUUACUAUAAGCGACCAAUUCUCCUGAUUGAAUUUGAUCCUAACAAAUCUUUCUCCUUGAUUCCACGAGGCUCUCUGCAUCAGGAGAUUUCCAGUAACGAUGUUACUUCUAAACUAACCCUACUUACACUCCAUUUCCCUAAGCUGCGCAUCCUGUGGUGUCCCUCUCCUCAUGCUACUGCUGAACUGUUUGAAGAAUUAAAACAAAACCAUCCACAACCUGACGCAGAAACAGCAAUGGCUGUCACAGCAGAUUCUGAAGCCCUCCCGGAGUCAGACAAGUAUAAUCCCGGUCCUCAGGACUUCCUGUUAAAAAUGCCAGGUGUUAACACAAAAAACUGCCGUGUCUUAAUGAACCACGUUAAAAACAUUGCAGAGCUCGUGACGCUGUCAAAGGACAAACUUUGCGAAAUUCUAGGUAAUUCUAUCAAUGCCACACAACUCUUCGACUUUAUUCACAUGACCUACAGCGAAGCAAUAUCUCAAGGGAAAAACAAAAGAUGA